AUGCGAGAGAAGAGGCUUACCACCGUGCCUCCCUGUAUAAGAGAGAAUGAGUUUGAAGAGUAUUUAGCAACUGAUGAUAUACUUGUAGACUUCUUCAAUGAAUUUUUGAGUCUCCCCACAUUUGCAGAACCAAUUAAAUUUAAUCCUGAUUUUGGAAUUUUUGAAGUUGCUACUGAUGUCCCACAGUGCAUGGAAAACCAGCUGAAAAGGAUGCUUUGGGAACAGAAACCUCGAAAUCCCAUUUAUGACGUUACAAGGCAGACAAAGAUACAAACCUCUUUUUCUAAAGAUGUCAGCACUCCCACUUCCCCAGUCUUCAGUUUUGAUCCAAAUUAUUCAACCAUGUGUCUGAACCAGGAACAAGCUAUUGAAUGGAUUAAAAAGGAAAGAUUUCAAGCAUUUUUAGUGAGCGAUUGUUACUUUGAAUACAGAUUAGCUAAACUUAUUUCACAGGUGGAAUGGAGCAAAACUGGGGUCAGUUUUGUUAUAGAUAAAACGUAUUAUCCUUGGUUCUCAAAAAGUCCACCACCCUUAGAAAUCCCUGAAGAAGAUGAAGAUGACUUGAUUAUGAAAAAGUUCUACGUCUCUCUUGGCCAGGCUACUGUUACUCAGACACAGGAUUGGUUUACUCUAGCCAAGCGAAGUCAGAACAUGAUCACUACCGAUUCUAUUACUAGUCCUGUGACAUCUUCUCAUGUUCGUUUUUCUAUGGAUCCUUCAAAGUCAACUUCUACACAUGAAGAUAUGAAGAGUCAAGAACUAUGUAGGGCUUCUUCAUCCAUUGUUAAUGCAGGUAUUUACAGCGGUCAUUUAGGAUUUGAAUCCAGGCUUAAGAAGAAGCAGAGCUUAACUGUUAUCCCACUUGUUCAGAAGAUAGACGCCAGAAGAAGCAUAGAUCAGGGCAAUUCUGUGUCACUUCCUGAUACUCCUUCAUGCACAUUAUUCAGAGCAUACUUAGGACAAAACUGGGAUCUUACUCCUCAGAAGGGAAAGAGUGAAGACUUCAUCCAAUAUCAAGAAUUGGCAUCUUUUCAAACUAUUGAGGAGUUUUCUUUAGCCUAUGUUCACUAUAUACUAAGAAACUCUGUUGCAGUAAUCACUGGCCAGCUGCCUGAAGCCAGCCCUUUUGACAUCAAUUUCAGUAGAACCCCUAGAGUGUUUAUAUAUGAGUUAGCAAGCAGUGGACAGUUCAUGGAGCCAUUGUUAGACAAACCUUCUCUGCUUGGGGCUGAUGGAAUGGAUGUGAAGAGUGAAAUUUCUGCAAAAUCAGAAAAAGAUAACAGGGAAACCAGAGCUGCUUGGUGUGUUAGCCACCAGACAUAUGAUAUUGGUAACAGACAUGAAUUUGAAAGAUUUAAGAAAUUCAUCAGAGGAACUUUAGGAGAAAGGUACUGGUGGCUUUGGAUGGAUAUUGAACGACUGAAGGUCCUGAAGAGUUUUCAAAGGCAAAAAAGACAGCUUGAUCGGAUGAAAAAAUUAUACCUGGCAAGCAAUGGAGAUUAUUACCUGACCUUUGAGGUUCUGUUCAAGCUCAACCUGGUGGAUGGCGAUCAAUGGAAUGUGUAUAAUUUAAAGCGCAUUCAAUCUGAAGUAGUGAAACCUUUGCUUCUUUACUGGGGUCCCCGAUUUUGUGUAACUCAUAAAGCUGCCAUUCAGGCCACAGUUACCAAGCUAAAAAUCUGGCACGCUCGGCAAGAGAAACCACGAAUGGAUGUGGAUCCUUUCCCACAGAUGGUGUCACUACUGCCACUGAGGGCGAAAUCUUGCAUGCCAAAAAUUGCAUCUCCGUAUUGUCAGAGAGGAGAAACUGGAUUAUCCCCAACUUUUCCAAAAGGAAGUGUGAUGGAUAUCUCAAGGUCUCCCAGGCUGUUAUCUGCAGUCCUACCUCGAUGUCAAACUGCUGUUCAGGAAGAUCCUCAUGACUUAAUUAGCUUAGAAAAUAUUAGAAAAAGGCCAGCAACAGUGUGCAGCAAUGUGUCUCAUAUAGCAUUUAGUGAUAGACUGGAUUACCUGAAACCACAACUAGAUCGAAAAUACACCUAUGCAGAAAUGAUCCCUGGUAAAAUCUCCCCAGAUUUUUCUGAACUAGGAAGUUCCAAAAUGGAAAGAAUGCUGCAAUCUCUUUACCUGGAGAACAGAGCAGGCUAUAUCUUCACUGAAUUCUGUGAGAAGUCAGGCGAUAAGCUAUGGAAGAACGGCACAUAUUUUUGGUUUGACCUGCAGGAUUAUCAUCAGCUUUUCUAUCAAGAAACCCUCCAUCCUUUGAAACUAUGCAAGCAAGCACAAUUCCUUUAUGCCAAUUAUAUUGCUCCUUCUGCUGCUAUGGAUAUUGGAAUACAACAGACUACAAAACAUGAGAUUUAUAAAGGAAUUGAUCCACCAUUUGAAGAUCUUUUUGAUCCAGCAGAAGAAUAUAUCCUUACCCUUCUUUUGGUUCCAUGGAUGAAGAUGGUAGAAGAAGACCGAGAAACAUAUGGAAAGGUGGAGCUGGUGGAAGAAACUCGACAGCUGGACUCGGUGUACUUUAAAAAGCUGCAGGCUUUGCACACAGAGGGCAUUUCCAAGAAGGAUGAGGCUUCAGCGGUUGAAGAACAGCAGACUGAUUCUCUUACAAUCAUAGAAACCUUUGCUCAAGGCUUUUCUGAAGAUUUUGAAUCAUACGCCAUUGCUAAAUUGCUUAGCAACAGGCUGGAUUUGGAACAAUUCCGUAUCUUUCUUGAGGGGCAAUCAGCAAGCACAGACCUCAUGUGUUGGCUAGACAUUGAGCAGUUCAGGAGAACGUUACACAAAAAUAAAAUACUACGAGAUGAAAAAUCUAAAGACAUUAAAAAGAAAUAUCUAAACAAGAAAUAUUUCUUUGGACCUGACAGCCCAGCUACAAAAGAAGAACAAGAGCAGAUCAUGAAGUUAAGUGGAGGCUGGGGGCAAAUACUCCAUGAACAAGUUGCUCCCAUGAUCUUGCUAGAGGUUCAGAAGUAUGCCCAGAAAAGAUUAGAGAAUAAGUGGCUGCCAUUAUUUUAUACACGCAAAGAAUUGGGAACGUGGAAAAAACCAAAGCUACAUAUGCAAGAGGCAGCAGAAGAUAUCUUAAUUCAGAAAAAGGAAAAGCAAAAAGUACCAUGGGAGGCAAGCUGUAACAAGUGGAUAUUUUCAUCUAAGGAAAUAAUUACUUUCCGCAAAGCUCUGAUGAAUCCCAUCACAGCUAUUCAGUUUCAACGCUUUGUAUCCCUGAAAGGAGAUUUACUGGGGAAUGGAGUGAUCUUCUGGCAGGAGGUACAGAAAUACAAGGACCUGUGCCAUUCUCAUUGUGAUGAUGCCAUUAUUCAGAAUAAGAUCACAACCAUUAUCAACUGCUUUAUUAAUUCUGCCAUUCCACCUGCUCUUCAGAUUGACAUACCUGAGGAGCAAGCCCAUAAGAUCGUUGAACACAGGAAAGAACUAGGCCCAUACGUGUUUAGAGAAGCACAGAUGACUAUUUUUGCGCUUCUCUUUAAAUUUUGGCCACCAUUUUGUGAAUUUCGAGGCAAUUUGUUUGAUGAGGCUAUUAUGCCUGUUCUGGAAAAAGAAAAGAAGACACCGAAAUUAAAAAAAGCAAAAGAAUUAGAAGAGAAGAUUCCGAAGAAGAAACCUCCCCCGCCUUUGAAAAUAAGUUCACCCACUGAUUCAAGACUGAGUGUAACUGAAUUUUCACCAACGCAUAGCUUCUCUGGAUUGGGCCGAGAGUUUUUCUGGUCUUAUUCAAAGUACAUAGAAGCUCUUGAGCAAGAAAGGGUCCUCCUGCAGAUUCAAGAGGAUUUAGAGAAAAAAUCAGUAGCAUCAUCUGCUUAUUCAGGUCUCCCAUCCUUCCUCUCUAUGAAAAGUGAAAUAAUGACCUCCGAAAAACCUGCUCUCCCAGCCAACUUCAGCACAGCUUUUGUGAAGCAACGUUCAUUCCCACCUAAAGACAAUGCAAGAACUCCAAAAUUUUAAGGAACCUGAUGAAGAAAUAUGGGUUUGCAUUCACACUGGGACCACAAAUCAUCAGAAAUAAAUGAAUGUAGCUUA